AUGGAGACGAUUGCAAAUCAAAAGGUAUCUUGUAUAGUAAACUAUGCAUAUGAUGCUUCAGAGCCAGAUGAGUUAACAGUACGGCCUGGAGACAUAUUGAGAGAUGUAGAAAGACUCUCUGGAGGUUGGUGGAGAGGAGAACUCAAGGGACGCAGAGGCAUGUUCCCUGACAAUUUUGUGUCGGUGCUAACAGAACAUAAUAAUACAAGGUCCGGUGGUGUGCAAGGCCGAUGUCGAGCGGUUUUCAGUUAUCAACCUGCAAAUCCUGAUGAGUUACCAUUGUGUGUCGGUGACGUCCUAGAAGUUUUAGGGGAGGUAGAAGAGGGUUGGUGGCAAGGCCGCCGUGCGGGUCGCGUGGGGGUGUUCCCCUCGAACUUCGUGGUGAUGUUGGAGCCGCCGCCCGCGCAGCCUGCGCCCGUUGAACCCGCGCCCGCCUUACCACCUAAACCAAUUAAGGAGCAAUGUCGCGUGUUAUUCCCUUACGCUGCUGUGAACGAAGAUGAACUAACGUUGUCAGAGGGCGAUAUAGUUAACAUUGUGUCCAAAGAUGCUCCAGACCGAGGGUGGUGGAAAGGAGAGCUCCAUGGCAAAGUUGGACUGUUUCCUGAUAAUUUUGUUCAAUUAUUACCACCUAUAGCGCAAGAGCCCGAAGAAAAGAAACCUGACAGACCACCGGCGAAAACCAGUCCACUCUAUCCUAUAUUGAAUAAGUACACUGAGAAAACUGCCUCUGUCAAAGAACUCACUACGUCAAAAGUAAGUAUGCACAAAGAAAACACAGUAAGCAAAGAAAGCAGCACACACAGUACAGUCACGCACACAAACAAAAGCGAGUCAGAGAAGAUAAUACACAACGAAACAGUCAACGAUGGGACGCUCGAACGUGAGGGACAAGGUAAAAAACCUCCAGUGCCAUUGAAGAAAAGUCCGUCGUCGUCUACUUCGGGCGUAGGCGGACUAUUGAGUGGACUUAAAAAUAAAGUGCUACCUUCUUCGGACAAAGUUGUGUACAGAGAAAAGUCCCCAACGUUGUCCAGCAGUGGGGAGUGGGACCGGACAGAUGGCGCUACCAGCAGCAAGCCUACCGCCACACCCACCCCCGUCCCCACUCCCACUACCAACACAUUCGACCACAUCGAGAGGAACUCCAUACUUAAUGAUCCUAGAGCCGGCAGAGUGAAGGCGCCGCGUCGAAGGCCGCCGAGCCAGGCGCUCCGCGACGACACCCCCGCGCAGAUAGGACUCACUAACGGACAUGAAGUUCCCACAGAAAAGCCUGGAGAUAAAAUGGAAGAAAUCAAACCCAGAACAAGAGAGUGGGAGAAACACAAAGCGCCGUGGAUGGAAGAGCUUAAACUGAACCAAGCGAAGAAAACUAGCUUCGGUUCCGAGGGAAAGUCCCGGUCCGUGUCGUCCUCGUCUGAAGGCGUUGCGAGCAAAGCUGGCUGUGGUAGUACGGAUAGAAUAUUGGAAUGCGGCUUGGAGGAGAAACGAUCGUCUCAUUCUAUGGAAAUGUCGAAAAGUACGUCGUCGAUAAGUAACAGGAUAUCUGUGUUAGAAAACCUUGAAUCUAGUUUAGAGACGAAAACCCGGCAUUCAAUAGAUAGUAAGAAGGACACGCCGCCCGAGCUGCCCGCCAGCAAGCCACCCCCGCUGCAGUCGCCCACCGCCGCCGGUCGAACAUUAACAUCGAUGUUGGAUGAUAUAAAGAAGCCGUCUCCGCCGGCCGCCAGCGCCCGAAGCAACGAAACCACCGACAAAUCACCAAACAAACCCGACAGAAAAGAAGAUAUCAACUCGAUUAGCAUGUUCAGUAUCGAGAAAUCGAGUUGUAUAAUCGAGAAGAGUGAGAAAUAUGAAGAUAAAGUGGGCUCAGGCACUUUGGAAAGGCGGAUCCAAUCGAUUAAGUCGGAUAAAGUGGAAGGCUCUGAUGUGUUCAUAGCACAGCUCAAUGACAGAAUAUUAAACUUAGAGAAGAUAAUAGAAGUACAAAAUGCAAAAUUCAACGCGGCCAUCGAAGAUCUAACGAAUAAACUUAAACAAGAGACGGAAAAGCGCAUCGCCUUACAGUCGCAGGUAGAGAAGCUCGCGCACUGCGUCACUCAAGUG